UAUGCGAGGGCCGCAUUUGGUACACUGGUGCGCCAUUUUACUCGCAUAAAGCCGAAAAAUUACACAGUGGCCAGAAAACUAGAAAAUUGCACAGUGCAAAAAGGUGUUUUUAUCUUUUUACUCAAGUUUUGCGCGAACCGUGAGCGAACGUUAAUGAUGCGUGCAAGCGUGCAGCGAUGAAAGGCAGUUAAUUGCGGCAACAGACGCGCUUUCCUUACCACACUCGUGCAUCGUUUGGGUGUCCGAAAUCUCCAAAUAUCAAUACGAAAAAGAGGCGCCAACGCAGUGCAUCGCGGCCAGGAAGAUAAUUUCAUGUCUAUAUAAACAAGCGCACAACGCUAGCAUCGGUUAACAAUCAACACAAAUGGAGGAGAUAUCCAGUUUAGAUUCGUUCGGCGCCGAUUCCAAUGCGCGUCCGGAGUCGGCCACCCCCCGGCCGGAGGAUCACGAGCAGGCGCCAGCGGCGCCUGAGACUCUGGACACACCCGCUUCCCCGCCAGCAGAGGAUGCAGUGGCCCAGGAAAGCGAACCCCCUCCAGGGGACGCGGCCAAGGAGCCGGAGGAAGAGUUCGAGCAGAUCUCGGAGGGCUCCCUAGAAGCCGAUGACCACCAGUCGCAGGAUAAGGCGGCCAGUCCGCAGGAAGAUCCCGUGGAGGCAGAGGAGGAGCCCGCCGAGGAGCCGCUGCCCGCCGAGGAGCCACAGCCCUCUGAGGAGCCUCUCGCCGCCGAUGAUGAGCAGCCACAAACAGAAGCGGUUAGUGUAGAUCCACAGGAAGACCAGGAGGAGGCGGAGGAGGAGGAGACUGAUGCCCUGCAAGCCACCGCGGAGGAGGAGGAGGCGGCCGCUGCCAAUGCAGAUGCAGUGGAUGGUGGCCCCGCCUCACCUGAGGCCAUGGAUGUGGAUGAUGGGGAGGGCGAGGCGGAUGCAGAAGGAGAAGCUGAUCCCGAAGCUGAUCCUGAAGCCGAUCCAGAAGCUGAGGCGGCGGAUGAUGUGGAAAUGCAUUCCGUAGGUGGAGACUCGCACCUGGGCGAGGAUGCAGAGCCGCCAGAGGGUCGUGACGAGGUGGACACUAGUCUAGAGGAGCAGGACACGGGCCAAGAUCUAGAAGACACGGAGAAGGAGACGGCCGGCGAUGAAGAUGACAAUCUGGAUGCCGAUGCGGAGUCGGAACAGGUGGAAGAAGCACCAGAGGAAGCUGGAGAAGCCGAACAUGGCGAUGACACUGUUGAAAAUGUGCUGGAGCCAGAGGAGUCAGACGUUUGCCUCAUUCCCGACGAUCAGGAGACCGAGGUGACCGAAGCCGAGAAGGAACUGGCCCGCGAGAACGCCGAGAAGGCCGCUGAAGAGGAGGAGGCCGGAGAGCGGCAUUCGAAGUCACCCGAUAACGAUGGGAAGUCCCAAACAGAUGCCCCCGUUGAUCCGGAAGACGAUAGCGCUACUGUGGUGGACCCAACCGACGAGUCUCCGUCUGCUCCAAAUGAUGCUCAAGCUGGAGCUAAGGCGGCGGCAUUAGAAAUUGCCGAAGACGACGGAACCGAUGCCGCGGCCAACGAAGAGGAGGCCGCCGGCGAUGCUCCGGAUGCAGAUGCAGAUGCAGACGAGCCCACGGCUGAGGAAUCCUACAGCGCCACAGCGGGUGAGCUGGGGGCCACGCCGAAAACCAUCAUCAGUUGGAUCGUUGGCAGCGCGCAGAAGUGCAAGCAGUGCGGCAACGAAAAGAAUUGUGGAUUCCGGUUCAAGCGAGCCGAAGAGGCAGAGGACAAAAACAAAGACAAAGAAAAGGACAAGGACACGGACACGGAGGAGGAAAAUGCAGAGGAGGAAGCACCAAAAGAGCCUGCUCCAACCGGGUUUGAGUACAUCUGCGACACCGCCUGUGUGAAUGCUCUGCUGGCCGAUCAGCCCGGCAAGUACUUUGUGCGACGCAAGAAGUUUCUGGUAGAGGAGGUGGUCCGAGAAGAGGGCGCCGCUGAGGAGGCAGAGGAAGGAGCUGAGGAGGAUGCCACUCCCGCCAACACGAAUGAUUGCCUGCAGUGCAAGGAGCAGACGCGGUGCAAGUACUUCAUCAAGCAGGAUCAGGACGUCUUCUACAUCUGCAACGACGACUGUUUCAAUCUGCUCAACGCAGAGGAACCGGACAAGUUCAAGCUGAAGCGCCACUCGAUCCGUGUGCGCAACAUUGGCGCCACAACGCUGCAGCCGCCGCAAAACUCGCCCAGCAAGCGGACCGAGAGCAGCGUGGUGGCCAGGACACUGGCCGAGGCGGAGACGGCGCGCCUGGACAGGAUCGAGAGCUUCAGGAGGCGCUGCGCCGACUGCGAGGCGGAGAUCAAUGCCAACGAGAAGCAGCUCAUGUGGGAGACCAUGGACUUUUGCAAUGAGGUGUGCCUGGGCAGCUAUCAGCGCACGAUCGGCUCCAGCUGCGAGACCUGCAAGCAGGAGGUGAGCUCCACGGCCCUGGGCAAGUAUUGCGUGCGGUUUGGCUUCGAUGUGCGGCAGUUCUGCUGCGCCGGAUGCCUGAACACCUUCAAGAAGGGCCUGAAGACGUGCUCCUGCUGCCAGAAGGACAUCAGUGGCGGACAGGAGGGCUUCCUGGCCCCGGUGGGCGACAAGGACCAGUUCAAGGACUUCUGCUCGCAGGCCUGCCUGCGCCGCUACGACGGCAUGUGCAAUCCGCGCCGAAAACUGCGCACCGAUGUGUGCGGUGUGUGCAACAACGAGAAGCCAGUGCGGGUGGAGAUGCUGUUGGAGGACAGAGAGCACUACUUCUGCUCAAAUCCCUGCUUCUCGGCCUUCAAGUUUGUGAGCAAUGUGAACGCCGAUCCGUGUGCCAUGUGCUCCAAAUACUUUGAGCGGCGGAGCGCCGAGUCGUACACCAUCUACAACGAACAACAGUCGCCCAAGGUCUUCUGCUCGCGAGUCUGCAUCAACGUCUACAUCAUUGUCAACCGGCACAUCGUGUCCUGCCAAUGGUGCAAGGUGAAAAAGUACAACUUUGACAUGAUAUACCAGGUGGGCGGGCAGCAGGACCAGGAGACGCUCACCUGCUCCAUCAAUUGUCUGACCAUGCACGGCGUCAGCUGCAACAUCUCCGCCCGCGCGGUGACCAAGUGCGACAACUGUGCCAACUUCAAUACGCCGCAGUACCACCUGACCAUGUCGGACGCCUCCAUGCGCAACUUCUGCACCUACCAGUGCGUGAUGCAGUUCCAGAACCAGUUCGCCCGCGCCCCCCUCACCCUGGACAGCGACCUGCCCCCCAGCGGCAGUGGCGCCGCCAGCAGCAGCUCAAAGUCCCAGCAGCAGGGCAACUCCUCUCGCGGAAGUAAAAAUGCGGCACCCUUCCCCACGGGUCUGCCCAAGCGGGUGAAGCUGAAGUUAUCCCAUCAACAGGUUGGAAAGAAUGCUGGUGCUGGAGCCAAGAAAUCCGGGACUGGCACUAUGCUACCGGUUAUAUCCACUGUUCAGUCACUGGCCAGCGGCGAAACCGAGGCCCGGAUUGGCAAUGUGACGGUGAGACGUAAGCGUGGUCGUCCCCGGGAAUCGGGAGCAUCACCGCCACCGCUUUCCAUGCCGGUGGCUCAUGCGCCAGCGCCUCGCGGAAGACCCCGUAAGCAUGUGGACUACACGGUACGGUCGCCGUCGCCCAACACGCCGACCAGCCUCCACGGGGGGAUCGGGGGCAGGCGAAAUACCACCACUACCAUGGACUUCGGACCGCCUACGGUGUCGGAAACCAAGAUCAUCACAGUGCCACCAUAUCCCAAGGCCGUGCGGAACGUAAACAUCAGCUGCAAGCCCAUGACUGUGUCCACGGGCGAGCAGUGCACCCCGGACGUGCGCGAUUGUGCCACCCAGACGGAGAAGGACUACUCCAACAAGGUGCUCAUCCCGGUGCCGGUGCCGAUCUUUUUGCCGCAACCCAUGUACAUGUACUCAAUGCCGUUCCCCGUACCCGUGCCCAUUCCGCUUCCAAUCCCCGUGCCCAUUUUCAUACCCACCACGCGCAACACCUCGCAAGGCAUUCUCAAGGAGAUCAAGAAGAUUCAGGACAAGAUGCCGGAAGAUCCGCUGGAGGCGGAGCUGCUAAUGAUGGCCGAAAUGGUGGCCGAGGAGAAGCACGAGUCGGACUCCGAUUCGGACAACGAGAUCAAGCCGGAUCCUGGUCUGGUCACGCUGCAGUAUCAGAACAGCUUGGAGUCCGUGGCCCAGCAGCAGCAGCAGCAACAGCAGGUAGUGGAUGUCAGUGGUGGCGGACACAAUCCCUACGGCGACGAUAUGCUACAGAUCGCCCUCAAAAUGGCCACGGGUGAUUACGACAACCAUCACCAGACCUCGACCGUGGAUCUGGAGACGUCGAUGACGGCCAACACGAUUAGCAGCCAAUCGCCGAUGUCCCACGACGGCAUGGGUCAGAUGGGAGUGCAUCACCUGGACCAGCAGCAUCACAUGCUCGAUGCCACGCAGCGAACCCCACGCGGACGCAAGCGAGGCGUCGGUGCCGUCAUGGAUUCGCCCAACCGCAAUAGCCGUUCGCCGGUGAAGAGGCAGCGGGGCAGCGAAAUGGACCACUCCGCCCUGCAGCAACAGUCGCAGCAGGCACAGCAGCCGCAGGAGAAGCCCGACGCCCAGAUGUUCCUGAAGUACACCUUCGGCGUGAACGCGUGGAAGCAGUGGGUGAUGACCAAGAAUGCGGACAUAGAGAAGAGCUCGAUGCGCCGGCGACCCUUCAAGACGGAGCUGCUUCAGAUGACCGCCGACGAGCUGAACUACUCCCUUUGCCUCUUCGUCAAGGAGGUGCGCAAGCCCAACGGCACGGAAUAUGCGCCGGACACCAUCUACUACCUUGUACUGGGCAUCCAGCAAUAUCUGUAUGUGAAUGGACGCAUAGACAACAUAUUUUAUGAUCCAUAUUAUGAGCGGUUUACGGAGUGCCUGGAUGAGGUGGCGCGCAAAUUCUCCGUGCUUUACAACGAUUCGCAAUACAUUGUCACUCGCGUGGAGGAGGAGCAUUUGUGGGAGUGCAAGCAACUAGGCGCCCAUUCCCCGCAUGUCCUGCUCAGCACGCUCAUGUUUUUCAACACAAAACACUUUAAUCUGACGACUGUGGAGGAGCACAUGCAGCUAUCCUUCUCCCAUAUAAUGAAGCACUGGAAGCGCUCAUCACAGAAUUCCAAAGUUCCUGGCUCACGAAACGUGCUCUUACGAUUCUAUCCACCGCAGGCGGGUCUGGAUGCAAAUCCACGGAAGAAGAAGGUCUACGAGCAGCAGGAGAACGAGGAGAACCCGCUGCGUUGUCCCGUCCGCCUUUACGAAUUUUAUCUCUCUAAAUGUCCCGAGAGCGUGAAGACCCGCAACGAUGUGUUUUAUCUGCAGCCUGAACGCUCCUGUGUGCCCGACUCCCCCGUUUGGUAUUCGACGCAGGCCCUGGGUCAGGAUGCACUGCAGCGGAUGCUGCACCGCGUCAAGAUGGUCAAGGAAAUCAACAUCGCGCUACUGACGACUUAAUGUUUAAUUAGGCAGUUAUAUCAUUGUGUACGCGCAAGGCUUGUCCUGCAAUGACACCCGGAGGACAAUUCUUCGGCUUGGUGCUUAGCACGAGUUUGUUUGCGGGCAAAACCAAAUAGGGCUAACCUAGGAGCGAGAGUUGUGCUAUAUUAUAAAUUGUUUUAAACUUACUUUUACCCAUAUUUCGAUUGUCUAUAAUGAAUAGCGAUAUAGCGCUCUGAGAGAGGAGACCUUGUAUAAAUUGUGAACGAUAACCAGGCCCAUCUCACUUUCGAUUGAAUUAUAAUAAACUAGAGAACAACAAUCAACAAACCACAAUCCACACACGAAACACAACAAAACACCCACACAAUCACAGUCACACACGCACACGCAGACAACCUGCGACAUCUUCAUUAGUUUUACGAUCGUAAGCCAGACCCCCACGCAUCUUUAGUCAUUACUUAGAUUGUUUAGGAGAUAAGGCAACAAGGAUGUGCCCGACCGGAUAAGUGCAUGUAUGUAUGUACAUAGAUCGACGAUAGAUGACCACACAGUGAGUGUACAAUGAGAGUUGUACAUAGGAUGCGACCCUUAACAAUUAGCCGCGCUGUUGUUGUAAGUGUUGAAAUGUAAAAUGCUGUACUCCUUAACUGCAAGAUCGAAGUGCGCAUGUAGCGUAAUAGCGUGUACAUGUCUAUAAAUAAAUACAUACAUACUUUCAA